AGGAGAGAGCGCGAAAGAGGGAGGCGAGCGCUGGGGCAAGCGAGCCCAGCGCCAUGCGCCGCGCCAGCCGAGAUUAUACCAAGUACCUGCGCGGCUCGGAGGAGAUGUGCAGCGGAGGUUCCGGAGCCCCGCAAGAGGGCCCCCUGCACGCCCCGCCGACGCCAACUCAGCCCGCGCAACAUCAGCCGGCCGCGGCCUCCCGCUCCAUGUUUGUGGCCCUCCUGGGGCUGGGGCUGGGCCAGGUCGUCUGCAGCGUCGCCCUGUUCCUCUACUUCAGAGCGCAGAUGGAUCCUAACAGAAUAUCAGAAGAUGAUACCCACUGCAUUAAUAGAAUUUUCAAACUUCAUGAAAAUGUAGAUUUGCAAGACAUAACUCUGGAGAGCCAAGACACAAAAUUAAUACCUGAUUCGUGUAAAAGAAUUAAACAGGCCUUUCAGGCAGCUGUGCAAAAGGAAUUGCAGCAUAUUGUUAGAGCACAAUAUGUCAGAGCAGAAAAAGCUAUGGUGGACGAUUCCGGGUUAGAUCUGGCCAGGAGGGGCAAGCCUGCCAUGCAACCCUUUGCUCAUCUCACUAUUAACGCCACUGACAUCCCCUCGGGUUCCCAUAAAGUGAGUCUGUCAUCUUGGUACCAUGAUCGAGGUUGGGCCAAGAUAUCCAACAUGACUUUCAGCAAUGGAAAAUUAAUUGUCAACCAAGAUGGCUUUUAUUACUUGUAUGCCAACAUCUGCUUUCGACAUCAUGAAACUUCAGGAGACCUAGCUACAGAGUAUCUUCAACUCAUGGUGUAUGUCACUAAGACCAGCAUCAAAAUUCCCAGUUCACAUACCUUGAUGAAAGGAGGAAGCACCAAAUAUUGGUCGGGGAAUUCUGAGUUCCAUUUCUACUCCAUAAAUGUCGGAGGAUUUUUUAAGCUACGAUCUGGUGAGGAAAUAAGCAUUGAGGUGUCCAACCCUUCACUACUGGAUCCAGAUCAAGAUGCAACCUACUUUGGUGCAUUUAAAGUUCGAGAUAUAGAUUGAGUUCUAUUUUCUGGAGUGU